UAACACGCACACAUACACACCAUAUCAGAGAGAGAGAGAGAGAGAGAGAGAGAUGAGUUCACUGGGGUGGUCUUUUCAGGCAUAUUUGAUGAACCUCAUCCUCAUCCUCAUCCUCAUACCAGUUAUCAUCAUCCCUCUUGUGCUUGGUCGCUACAAUUCAAUCAUCAGCUUUGGAGAUUCACUUACUGAUACAGGCAACUUUUACAACAGCUACCCUAACAAAUCUCUCAACUUCUUCCACCCGCCAUAUGGACAGACCUACUUUCAUCAUCCCACGGGACGAUGCUCGGAUGGUCGUCUAGUCAUAGACUUCAUUGCUGAGUUUCUGGGACUUCCACUAGUACCACCUUAUCUUGAAAGCCAGAACAGUAAUCAAAGUGUCCAGAACUUUGAAGCGGGUGUGAAUUUUGCAGUGGCAGGAGCCACGGCGUUAGAUGCUGCCUUUCUUGAAGAAAUGGGGGAUUCUACUCCAUAUACCAACUCUCUAAGCAUUCAACUGGAGUGGUUCAAACAAAUGCUGCCAUCUCUAUGCAACACAUCUUCAGACCGCAAGAAACUCCUUUCAACUUCUCUAAUUCUAAUGGGAGAGAUUGGAGGCAACGAUUACAACAAUCCAUUGCUUGCAGGAAAAAGUAUAGAAAAGGUUCAAGCGUAUGUACCAUUAGUGAUAGAAACAAUUGCUUCAACCAUCAAUGAGUUAAUCGAGCUCGGGGCGGCAACACUUUUGGUACCAGGCAACUUUCCAAUUGGUUGCCUUCCUGCUUAUCUAACAAAAUAUGAGAGUUCAGAUAAGAACCAAUAUGACCCUUCAACUGGCUGUCUAAACUGGUUAAACAAGUUUUCUGGGUAUCACAAUGAUCAGCUUCAGAUAGAACUAAGUCGGAUUCGAAGGCUUCAUCCUCAGGUCACUAUCAUUUAUGCAGAUUAUUACAAUGCCAUGCUGCAAUUAUAUCAGUCUCCAGACCAAUUUGGAUUUAUUGGGGAGACUAGCAAAGCAUGCUGUGGAGGAGGAGGACCAUACAACUACAACACAUCCGCACUAUGUGGGGAUGCAGGGGCAAGUGUUUGUGAGAACCCUGCACAGUUUAUCAGCUGGGAUGGCCUGCACUCCACUGAAGCAGCAUACAGCUAUGCCGGGGCAAUUUUCGCCGAUGCUUGCUUGAAGGGUCUAAACGGGGUUCCAGAUGUUGUUGAAUGCUCUUUUGUGCAAUCAAGUGUUACAGAAUUGCCUUUGUUUGCCUCUAAGGUAAGGCUAGGAAAGAAUGGCGUGGAGGAAGUUCUUGGAUUGGGACCUUUGUCGGACUACGAGAAGCAAGGCCUACAAAGUCUAAUACCUGAGCUUAAAGCCUCUAUAGAGAAGGGAAUAAAGUCUGCUAAAGAAAGUUUCUUUUCUUUUUUUUUUAAAAGGGGGACAGCUGGUGGCAAGCCACGGCCAUCCACCCCUUCCGGGACCCGGAGAGGCUAUAGGGAAUUUCACCCCGUCCCUGGCCCUCAUCACUUGAUUCACCAACGGCAGGAAUCGAACCCAAGAUCUCCCGUUUACAUAGGGCCUGGGAAACGCCCUUACCACUGGACCAACCCGUGA